AUGUCCAGCGUCUCUGAACCCUCGCAGUCCACGCACCUGCACUACCUCCGGCAUGCCCUGUCCCUUGCGCGCCGGUCGCCGCCAAAGCCCACGAACUUCCGCGUCGGAUGCGUAAUCGUGGCCUUCCCUACUUCUCCUCCCACCGCCUCCGACGGUCCGUCCACAAUAACGUCCUCUGGAGAAGGAGGGGAAGGGGGAAUCGAGAAAAUUGAAGGCGAGGUGUUGUCGACGGGGUACACGUUAGAAAUUGAAGGGAACACGCACGCGGAGCAGAAUGCCUUGACGAAGCUCGUGCAGAAACACGGUAUCUCUGUAUCUUCCUCCUCUUCGUCGUCAGACCUAGAGCAAUUGGGCCAGGCCGUCCUCACGCCAGAGAAGAACGUGUACCUGUACACGACGCUCGAGCCGUGCGGGAAGCGGCUCAGCGGGAACACGCCGUGCGUGCAACGGAUCAUUUCGACGCGAAAGGGCGGCGGCAGUCGUCAUCCCGCAGGCGGGGGAAUUAGGAAAGUCGUCUUUGGCGCCCGGGAGCCCGGCACGUUCGUGCAGGACUCGCAGAGUCUGAAGAUGUUGGACGAGGCGGGCGUUCCAUGGAAGUACGUGCGGGGCAUGGAGGAGGAGAUUCUCAAAGUGGCCAAGGAGGGACAUGUUAAAGGAGGGGCAUAUUCCGAAGAUAAGGAGGUCCAGGCGAAGGAGAAUAGCAAUGCGCAAGAGACGAACGUCGACGACAUCUCCCCCGAGGAGAGGAAGCGGCAGGAAGCAUUGCCGCGGAAUCCGAAGAAGAGGAUGAUGGAGGUCGAUGUCCCGCGGUGA